AUGGCUUUCAGCUUCGGCUUCUCUGGCGAUGACAUAGAAGAGGACCCAAAUGACGUCUUGCCUCAGACGCAGGAAACAAGUGUUCCUGGCGCCGAUGUACCGCCACCAAUUGAAGCCAGAGCACAUGACCUAGACGAGCUGCUGUCCAGCCUCCCAGACAAACUCUCCUUUUCGAACCUGACCCUCACAUCUCCCAAAGGCUUCACCACCCGGCUCCCUCGCCGCGAAAUCUUCGAUGUGCGCGUGCAAAUCAUGGCCGAAGACGACGGCUCCUCAGAAAACGUGCUGGCCGGUCUCGAAAACACUGAUCUCCAAACCAACAUCUACGAAGGCGGGUACAAGACCUGGGAAUGCAGUCUCGACCUCGUCAAAUUCCUGCUCGACCGUGGACCGCGCAAAGACCUGGACGACAUGGUCAGGGUGAAUCAUGUUGUGGAGCUGGGUUGUGGGAGUGCGGUACCGUCGUUAUUGCUUUUCCAGUACGCCUUGAAGAACCAAUUGUCUAUGGUAUUCACCUUGGCGGAUUACAACGCAGAUGUCAUACGCCUCGUCACCCUACCCAACCUCGUUCUCGCAUGGGCAGCUACUUUAUCACCAGAAGACAGCGCAAAGCUGCUACCAGAUGGCAAUCCCUUACUCGACACAGAAGAGGAGCACGGUGAUUUGUACCUCACGCCUGAGAUUCUCGCAGCGUUCAAGCAGCAACUCCAGUCCACAGGGCUUACUCUCAACCUACUCUCUGGAUCUUGGACGCCGACGAACAAGUUCCUGGGCUUCGUCCCUUCGACACCAGAACUCGACACGUUCAUACUUGGCUCCGAGACGAUCUACUCCCCAGCCUCGCUAACCGCGUUCGCGGAGACGAUUUCUGCGCUGAUGAGCCGGGUGAAGACGGGCAAGGCGAUUGUGGCGGCGAAGAGGGUGUAUUUCGGUGUUGGUGGUAGUGUCGAUGCGUUUAGAGAGGAGUGUGCGAACCGGGGUGCGGUGGCAUAUGAAAUGGAGUUUGAGGGGUUGGAGACGGGGGGUGUGAGAAGGUGUUUGCUUGAGGUGCAGAUGUGCUGA